AUGCCGUUCCCUUUCAGGGUUGUUGAACAUAUCAUCCCCGGACAGCAUAUCCGGGAACAUCCACAUGCCCUAAAAGGACGCCAGGAAACUGCAUUGAAGCUUGCGAUCAAGCAGUAUAUUCCGCGCGAUCAGACGGAGUCAAUUCUCGAGAAUGCAGUCACGAUCAUCGGGGCGCAUGGAAAUGGAUUUCCAAAGGAGGCAUACGAGCCGCUGUGGGAGGACCUCUACGCCCAGCUUAAAAAGCGAUCAAUUCCGGUGCGCGGCAUUUGGAUCGCUGAUAUCUCCAAUCAAGGCGCAAGUGGUGUUCUGAACGAACAUGUCCAGGGAGAUAAUACACAGUGGCAUGAUCAUUCCCGGGAUCUGUUGCAUAUGAUCAAUCACUUCCGGGACGAUAUUGCUCGUCCUAUUAUCGGAGUCGCCCAUAGUAUGGGAUGCGCACAGCUCAUCCAGCUGUCCAUUAUUCAUCCUCGUCUCCUCUCAACGCUCAUACUCUACGAGCCCGUCAUCUUCGGGGAGCAAUUCGGGGGACCGAAUCCGGCACUCACGGCAGUUCUCCGUCGCGACAUAUGGCCUUCGCGAGAAAAGGCCGAAAUGCAGCUCCGGAGAGGCUUCGCCAGGUGCGAUCCCCGCGUCGUGGACCGCUACCUUCGCUUCGGUCUACGACCUGUACCAACGCGCCUCUACAAUCCCGAGAACGACCUCAAUAUUCCCCCGACAGCCGUCACACUCACGACCAGCAAGCACCAAGAGGCCUGGGCUUAUACCAUACCCAACCUCGAACCCGAAUCAGCGGGGCUGAACGACCUCCUACUUCCCGACUGGGAUCCAGUCGUUGAGCGCCCUGCUCCGUUCUCCCGUCCAGAAGCGUGGGCGGCUUUUAGGAAUCUGCCGUUUGUUCGACCGAGUGUAUUCUGGGUAUACGGUGGCCGGAGUUGGCUCUCUCCACCCGCUGCUCAAGAUUCCAAGCUACGAGCCACUGGGACGGGCAUUGGAGGAAGUGGAGGGGUUGCUAAGGGAAUGGUGGAUAAGGCUCUUUCACCGAAAGCAACACAUCUGGUUGUCUUUGAAGAAGUGGGUUGGUGUGCGGAGGUCGCGGCAACCUGGAUAGAAAAGUGGUUUGCGCGAUAUCUGAAGGAGGAAGAAUUCUGGCGAACGUACCAGAGCAAAAAGUCGGACCCGGAGAUGCUCAGGAAUUCAGAGGCCAGUAUUCGCGUUGCUAAGGUGGUAGUAGGGUCCCGGGAGGGUGUCGCCAAGGGGAAGCUGUAA